AUGCAGUGCUAUCCAAAGUUGUCACCUAAACGCGAACCGAUGGACACGGGUUACGAGCCAGAAAUGCUUCCCGGAGUGAGACGGCUGGAACUGCCGGCGCCUCCGGGCAAGGAGUUCCGCGCGCCCGUAUUGUUGACGGCACCCAGCAUGCCACCUACGCAUUCAGUUAUUCAGUGCAUGCGACCACCUCCACCGCCACCGCCACCGCCGCCGCCUCGUCUCCACAAACCUCCUUCUUUCGAAGAACCAUCCAGCUCCAUUCCAGAUCUAGGUAAGUAG